AUGAAGAAACAACCUGGGCUGUCCUUCGGCAGUGCGCUACAUGUUGGCGACGGCGUGAAUUCCCUGUGCUUGGUAUGUAGCUAUCACAAGCCUCCGCUUCGGACCUGCAGUAAAGGGGCCUUUUGCGAUUUCUGCCACUUACAUGAUGGUCGCCGCAACCGCCGCCGACGUAAACAGAGGGAUCCUCGGAUGAUUGCAGCUCCUUGGGUCUUGGUUGGGUCUGAGGUUUAG